CCUCCAUUGCCGUUGCUACAGGCUUUCGCUGUGGCUAAUUGUUGUGUUAGCGUGUUCCUAAAUUGCUGAAGAACAUUGCUGAAUCGACCCAAAUACACAUAGACGAAGGAUUAUAUUGGGUGUUUUCUGGUAACCAAUCAACGAGUGAAUUUGAAGAAGACGAAGAGGAUCACGUUCAUUUAGACCUAUCUAAACAUGCAACUGCCUUUCUUCUUCAAGCCAGAGAAACACAGCGACUGACACAGAGAGCUGAUGACCAAAUGGUGAGUGGAGUCCAGCAGUAUCAGGCAGCACCGUUGGAGCACCUUAAACAGCAAAUAUGUAGCUUGAUUGAGGGGCAUUCUGGUGGCCUGGAUGAACUGAAGAAUGGUGCGUUAGGUAUAUUUGACCAGUUUGUUGACCCUUUCAGUCCAAUUGCUUCCACUUAUAUGCAGGAUAAAACUAUCAAAGAAUUGCUUCAACCAGUUGAACCAGAGGCUGUUGUUGCAAAACAAACCGUAUGUUAUGUAAAACAUGGAGACAGCAGAGUUCUUUCCAAUAAGGACCAUUGUUUUCAUUAUAUACCUCUGGUAAAGCGUUUAGAGCAGUUGUUAUGCCAUCCAAUAGUUCUUGCAAUGAUUGAUGAGGGACAACAGCAAUGCAAUGAUGGAUUUUUUCAAGAUUUUAUUGACGGGGACAUUUUUAAGUCACACCCACUGUUUAUGAAAGUCCCUAAAGCUUUGCAGUUAAUUUUUUAUACAGAUGAAAUUGAGCUACGCAAUCCUCUUGGAUCUCGGGCAAACAAAAACAAGUUGUUGUUGAUUUAUUACACCUUAGGUAACAUCAGCCCUAAAUACAGAUCAAGACUUGCUGCUAUUCGUCUGCUUGCCAUGGUGAAAUCAAAAGAUCUGUCCCAUUGUGGUAUUGAUUCAAUAUUUGAGAGGAUUAAACAUGACUUAAUUAGUUUGUGUGAUGGUGUGCAGGUUGUCACUGCAAGUGGUGAGAGGACAAUUUAUGGAGCCCUUGUAUCCGUGUGUGGAGACACACUAGCCCAGCUUGAAGUGGCUGGAUUUAAGGAAGGAGUGGGGUUUGCCUAUAGUAAAUGCAGACACUGUGAGUGCAACUUUGAAGACAUGCAGGAACAAUUUAACAAAGAUAUGUUUGUUAAAAGGACAAUGGUAAGCCACGUAAGACAAUGCAAUGAUAUUGAAAAGGCAACCAUUGACUUUCUGAAAGAGAGUCUAAAAAAAACUUACGGGAUUAACAGGAGAAGUAUGUUAACAGAAUGUCCUCACUUUGAUAUAAUCAACCAAACUCCACAAGAGGUCAUGCAUGUUGUUCUUGAAGGUGUUGCUCCAUAUGAAAUCAAAUGUGUUUUAAAGCAUCUUGUGCUAUCAGGGCAUAUGGACUUAGACACAUUCAACAGUGCAAUUGUUUCUUUCCUGUAUUCCCCCCUUGAGGCAAGGGAUAAACCUUUCCCCAUAUCUGUCAAUACACUGUCAUCCAAUGACAAUAAACUAAGACAGUCAGCUGGGCAGAUGCUGGUUCUUUUAAAGAUCCUGCUGUUUCUCAUUGACAAAACUGGACAAGACUAUUACACAGAAAUGCUACUUAAUUUGGUGUUGCCAAUGCGGGAGAUGGACGACGAGCGGUAUUUCCAGUACUUUAGGAUGUCCGCUCCCACCUUUGACAGGUUACUGAGGCGCAUUUCCCCCCGCAUCCAACAUGCCGCUUCCCACAGUGCACCGAUUGGGGAGGCAGAGCGCCUGGCUGUGACUUUAUGGUUCUUUGCUUCUGAGAUGAGUCAACAAGCUCUGGCAGCCAGCUACAAGCUGGGGAUCUCCACGGUUAGUGGCAUUGUAAGAGAAGUGUGUCGCACUAUCUGGGAGGAACUGCGAGUGGACUUCAUGAAGUACCCUCAAGGUCAUGACUGGGAGGUGAUACGGUAA